AUGAGAUCAAAUAAUCCAUUGCAGUUGACUCUCGCUAUUUUGAAGCCUCACGUCAUAAAAAAUCCGUUUGCGCUUCAGAAAAUACGACAGCUGAUACUCGACAAUGAUUUCAAAGUAGUCAGGUCUCGUCGGACUAAAAUCACCUUCAGCGAGGCGAGCUAUUUUUACCAGGACCACAAGGAUAAAUUUUUCUACAACCGCCUGGUAACUUUUAUGAGCAGUGGACCUUCAGAUAUUCACAUUCUAGCACGAGAUAAUGCUAUUGUUAGGUGGAGAGAACUUAUGGGCCCUACGAAGGUCUACCAGGCUCAAUAUUUAGCUCCAGAGUCAAUUCGCGGCAAGUUUGGACUCUCUGACACGAGAAACGCCACCCACGGAUCAGAUUCUCCAGACUCAGCAAAAAGAGAAAUAAAA